AUGUUUGCUAGUCUAACAAAAAACACCCUGGCAGUAGCAUCCGUGUUCAAGCGUUUCAAACAUGAGUAUGCGCCACGGUUUAGAGAAGUUGAGAAAGCACAAAAGGGACGAGUUUCAGUAAGAACUGGUGGUUCAAUCAAGGGUAACAGUUUGGAGUUUGGCAAGAUUGGGUUACGCUUGAAAUCGCGUGGGUUGAGGAUGGGAGCUAAUCAGUUACUAGCCGCUGACAAGGUUUUGCGUCGUGAGUUGCGUCCCACUAAAUCGAAACUUUUCACUCGUUUUGUAUGCGAUUUGGCCGUUUGUAUUAAAGGAAACCAGACAAGAAUGGGUAAAGGUAAAGGUCCCUUUGACCACUGGGCAACUAGAGUGCCCACAGGGAAAGUUUUGUUUGAGAUUGAUGGGGGUAUUCACGAUAAAGUGGCCAGAGAAGCAUUACGUAAAGCAGCUGAUAAGUUGCCAGGGUUGUAUGAGAUUAUUACACCGGAAUCGAAAGUUAGAGUUAGUAUGACUGAUUUGAUUGACAAGCCGGAAAAAGUGGACUAUGUGGAAAAGUUGAAUGCCCACCCAAGUAAAAAAUGGAGCAAUAUUCAAACAUACAAGACAAAUCCUAUGUAUAAGUUGUAUAGUGGAAGGUAG